GGACAAUAAAGAUAUUUUUUCAGAAUUGUCAUAGAGGCCACUCAAAUAACAAACAUCUGUUGAAGUGCCACAUGGGCACCUUUCCCUUCCAGUAGAACCUACUCAAAUGUCUGUUAUCCCCGAUACACAAUAUGAACAUACUGUUAUUCUCUUUAGUUGUUAUUGUUUUUAGUUUAGUAUGUUACGCUAUAGCUCAGGUAACCACUCCGUGGUACGAAAAUCUACCUGCGGUAGCAAUGGACUACAAAGUUCAUGUAGACCCCGGUAAAGAAGAUUGUUAUUUUCAGUAUGUUAAUCCUGGGGCCACUUUUUAUGUCAGUUUUCAGGUGUUACGAGGUGGUGAUGGCAUGGCUGGUUUUGCCGUACAUCAUCCCAAUGGAGAAGUUGUUUUGCCUUACCAGUGGCGUGCUAACGCAGACUACCAGGACCAGCAAUCCACUGGCGGAUAUUAUCGUGUUUGUGUAGACAAUCAAUUCUCCCGAUUUGCCGAUAAACUUGUUAAUCUUUACAUGACUGUAAUCAGGUAUGAUCAAUGGGAUUUAUAUUCAAAAGAACUCGAAGAAAUGAAUCUCAGUGUUGAAAACUUUACGACAUCCAUCCAAAAUGUCGAGAGAAAUAUAAACGACAUGCUACAAUAUCAGAACCACAUGCGAGGUAUGGAAGGUCGCCAUUACAACCUCCUCGUUGACAACAACACCUACGUCUUCCGCUGGUCCGCUAUACAGAUUAUCGUCAUAUGCGUAGCAACAAUGGUACAAGUAUACUUCGUCAGGAAGUUAUUUGAAGUCAAGAAUACCCGCCCAAGGGCCUAGCCAUCCUUUUUUCUUCAAUUUUUAUUAUUUUUAACUGCCUUAAGAUUGAAUGAAGUGCUGUUGCUUCUUUGUGUGUUCUUAAGAAGGAACGUUAAAAAUAAUUGUACGACAAAUUUUUAUUAUGAAGAUAAUCAUAAUGAAUUGAUAAAAAUGUUUUAAGGAGGCAGUUUCAGUAGAAAAUAAUGUUAUUAUAAUUAUAUCAUUCAUCCUUGUUAAGAUAGGGGCAACUGAUAUAUAUUCCUAAUGGGUUAUAUUAUCUAAUUCAAUAAUCAUUGGAUAUUUAUUAUACUUGUUAUUCGCUAAACAUUAAUUGGUAUCAACAAUUUUAAGGAAACGAUGUAUCAGCUUAUUGUAAUUGUUAUAUAAUGCCAAUUAAGCAGUUUAUGGUAUAAAGUUCAAAAUAUUAGAAAGCAGCAAUUCCGAAGUAAUAUUUCAAUAUGGCAGCCAACUCUCACUGAAGAUUGGCUUCCCAAAAAUAUCUAAUAAUUUUUUUCUUAUUAAAAUUAUUAAUGUUUUACUUAAAUGGCAACUACGGGGCUUUUAUGAUUGCUCUAUUGGUAAAUAAAACUACAGGGCGGA